AUGUCAGCUUCAAGGUUUCUCCUCAGUCAUGGCAUCCUUUUACGCUCCUCAGAUGCCCCUCCUGUCAAAGAUUUCCUUGAAACUCACCCAGGUGCUUACACAACAUCACGUACUCACAACAAUGCUUCGUGGUUGUUAUUUUGGGAAAGGCACAUGAAAAGACUUUCAGAAUCUAUACAAGUUCUAUCAAAUUUCGCUCCACAGCUUCUAUUUAAAUCUAAUAAUUCUGCAGUUUUGUCACGAUCAUCAGCAACCUUGCCAAUAUGGCAACCCACUGUGCAGAUGCUUGUUGAUGAUUCGAUAUGCAAGGUCUUGCCAAUUGCUCUAAAAGAAAGAAAUGAUUGUGAGGAGCUGGCCAUUACAACUCUUGUUAGUGGUAAUUUCGAGGAAUUAAAUGCAUGUGAAACUGUCAGCGAGGAAAGCGUGAGUAAAAUUCUCGAUGUGCAUAUGCAUAUUGAGACUUAUGUACCUCCUACAUUUGGUAUCCCGAAAAAUGGUGUACAUUUGGCUUUGGUGGGACAUGGGAGGAAUGUGGCAGCUGCAAAAUAUUCAGAUUGGGUAAGGAUUAGGAAGCCUCUGGAAAAGCUCAGGCCUCCCUCAGUAACAGAACUGUUGCUGUCAAAUGAUGGGGAUCAAAUCCUAGAGGGGUGUGUGACGAAUUUUUUUGUGGUUUGCUGUAAGGUUUGGGAUUCAAAUGAUGGGAAGGCCCUGGGUGAUUAUAGAAAUAAAUACUCUAUUGAAGUACAAACAGCUCCUAUCAGCGAUGGUGUUCUUCCAGGAACAAUACGCCAACUAGUGCUUGAGAUAUGCAGGAGUGAAGGAAUUCCAUUUCGAGAAGUUGCUCCAUCAUGGUCAGAACAUGAAAUCUGGGAGGAGGCAUUCAUCACUAAUAGCUUGAGGCUUUUGCAACAUGUGGAUAGUAUUCAGGUACCAACAGAAUGGAAAUCAGCCCACCAUUCUAAAACUUGGAAGGAUAUAUCAUGGACAAAAAAGCAAUUUCAGGAUGGACCAGGGAUGAUCACAACUGUUAUCCAGGAAAAGAUUAUGGAGAAAGCAGUUCUGGAAGGAUACCCAAUAAGUAACAUAAAUGCAUGUUGA